AUGUUUUCAAAAUUUAACCCUUUCAGUCGAUUUCAGUCCAAAUCAUCUAACAAUCAAGCUGCUGCAGCGCUUAAGGAUAAAGAAAUAACUUCAUAUCAAGCUGAAAUUGAUGAAAUAAAUUCAAGAUAUAACAAAUCAUACAAAUCAUCAAGCCAAGUCAACGAAUUCAUAGUAGAAUAUCAAACGUUACUUCGAAAAAUUGAUGACCAACAGGAACACAACUUCAGAUCCAUCGCAUCUAUUUAUUCCGAGCUAGCAAAGUGUUUUCUCAAGCUUGGACAGAAAUCCGAUGCAGUCAGGAACCAUAUGAGCAGUGCAAGAUACAGCGUAAAGUCUGCAAAAUACUAUUAUAAAAUUACUCCGAUGCUUGAAGAACUUUGGGAGCCUACAUUCUCAGUAGCUGUUUUUUCAUUUGAAGAAGCAUCGAAAAUACUCGAAGCUGACGGGAAAUUUUCAAUUCUUUUACAAGUUUUGCAAGAAUUAGGAGAUUCUUACACAUAUUUCCACUAUUACGGAUAUGCAGCUGAAACAUUCCAGCAUGGUGUAGAUAUUUGCAUAUGCCAUCGUUUCGCUCCAUCAAUUCUUUUCCAAUUUAUUUUCAAUGCUAUCGAUUCUUAUACGUUAGAUGAUAAGAUUUUAGAAGCUUUUGAUCUUGUUAAUGAUGUACAAGUCAGAUACCAAGGUGAUUGCGUUGCUUUAAUUAACAAAUCCACAUUAUUAAAUCAGAAACUCAUGGAUUUGAGAAUUUAUCAUACAAUUCUUUCUAUCAUGGCAUUUAGGUUCUCAGAAGUCGCUCAGUUUUGCAAUGCGAACCUUGAACACAACGUUGCUCAAUAUUUCGAAACAAUUUGCGACGCAACAAAGAACAAUGAGAAAGAUUUCUUGUAUAUACUUACUCAUCCUUCAAAACAGGAUUAUUAUCCAUUCCAAAUCGGUCAUUUGAAACUUCUUGAUAGACACUACCAAAAUGUUGAAAGCAGCCUUGAAUCACAGCUUCCGUUAUACACUAAGUAG